AUGUUCUAUCACGAUAUCGACGCCGGAACGUUGCCGGCUUACUGUGCCUGGGUUGAGACGUGGAAUACGACAAAACCCAAUGGACAGCCCCCGCCGUAUUCGUGUACAGAGAAAUCUCCUGUACCUAAAGUCAAGGCCCCGGACAGACGACCUGCACGGGAUGGUGACUUGGACGAUUUUAUUCACCAUCAUCUUUACCCGACAACGGAGCGAAUCAGGCUUUGUGCCGAUGCCAAACACUUUUAUGUCGUGUCCAGUGGUGCGAGUCUUGUCGAUCCUGGGAUUCUUUGGGCUAUUGCCGAUUCGGGCAAUGAUAUCCUCAUUGGAGACUAUUCCGAGGCUGCAGAUGACAAGACUCUGGAUACACUUCAAAAAGUCGGUGCUGCAUCAAUGGCAUUCCUCAAGACAUGUGUCUAUGCAGGACUUCUGAGUGACUGGCACUUUCACAACCUCGUGGCUGCGACAGUCCAAUACCGCAUCCUGAGCUAUUGGAGAGAUCACUCCAUGUCCAGACGACCUAGCGGGGUUUACGGCAGUCGAAUGACUGGCCUAGGCGUGCAUCGACAUAUUGAUCUAGGUCUCCCCGUGGGAAUAGUGGGGGCCUCUCUUGCAACGGGGGAGACGAUCGACGAGGAUGAGUUUAUGCAGCUGAUGGAGACCUGCACUUUGAUCAAUGAUCUAUUGGACUUCCGAGGGGAUACGAUGCGGAAACAAUGA